UAUAUGAUAUUUUGAGGAAUAAUCGGAAACCUACGUGUUUCUCACCUUGUUUAAUUUACAUACAUAGCAAAUUAACGCAAAAUGUUUUUACAACUUUAGUUAUAAGCGAAGUUUCGGCUCCAACGAGUGUGUUCCGCGCGUGAAAAUAGUUAAAUCGGUUUCCAUGUUUUGGGAUCAUGUUUACCGUAACAGGCAUAUCAUGCAGGAGUUUGAGGACCUAGAAGUGCAUAAAACCAGUGUCUCUGUAUUUGUAGCGUUGUUUUACUUGGAAAUGCUGUAUAUUCUGAUUAUGACGCUGUCAAUAUUGAACCGACUGAAUCAGAAUAUGCCGUCGUAAAUCUUCGAGGAUUUCUCUGUCUACCUUUCUACAGUAAUUAAUUAACAAUGACUGAAAUAAAGAUUACGGAGCGGCUGUAUCUCUCGAAGCCAGAUGACAUCUACGUGGACCACCAAGCGCUGAUGCAGCAUCAGGUCGAUGCUGUCCGGCUACUCUAUGCCCAAUAUAAAAAGAAAAUGGGUGGCGUGAUUCUCAACGACCCCAGCGGUUGCGGGAAGACAGUGGUAGCGGUGCUGUUUCUACAGGCGUUACGGCAAAUACUGCCCUCGCCUGCACUCGUCCUCUGUCGCGCGGCGGAGCUGCAACACUGGCGACACCACUUCCACACCUGGGCGACAACAGAAGACGUAGUCUUCGAGUCCUCCAACCCCUACUUGAAGAAGUCUAUCUUCGUGAACACGCGGCAGCAGCUGCCGGCGCUCUGCCGGCGGACCUGGUCCGUGGCGGUGGUCGACGACGACCUGCCGAGGGAGCUGCAGGCCGACUUCAAGAUAUUCCUCACUAAUGAAGACAUGAAGGAAAAUUUAUACAAGUUUGCUUCGCUAUACCAAUGGAUGUACCCCGAGGGAGACGAGUUCGACGUCAAAAAAUUCACAGGACACAAAAAUGGUCCCGAUGGUUUCGACAAAAAAGCCUACUUACUCGAUUUCUUCUUUGAAGGCAUUGUAUUUAGAAGCAAGAAUGUUACGCCUUUUAAGAAACCAGAGAUACAAGCACCUUCAGCACCAAUAGUAAUUGAACCGCCGCGGAUAUCCCGGAAAAACAAAGACGCAACCGGAACGAAAAUAAAACGAUCCAAAGCCAGAAUAGAAGCCGAACACCACGCCGCCAAAAUACCCAGGACAGAACCCACAGAGAGGAACUCCACCAUCACGUCUAAAGACUACUACAAAGAUAAAGAAAUGGACGUCGAAAGCUUCAUCAAAAACGAAAAACCGAUAACAGGAGAAGGCAUUGAAGCGUUCAUGGAUUUCCAGGCGAUGAUAAAAUCCGAUGCAGAGAAUUUUAAAGACAUAGUUAGGAAUGAAAGAUUGAAUGGUGAAGUCACUAAAGAAGAGAAUACAGAAGUCUGCACUGCUGACUAUCAGAACGCGAUAAAUGAUAUUGUUAAUAAUGAAAAUGAUAAAAGUAUUGAAGAAAGUUAUGGGAAUGAUAGGGUUACGGAAAGUGAUUCGGAUACAGGAAAGGAUAGUGUAAAUGUGAGUACAGAUGAUGUUGCAGAAGUUAAUGUAGGUAAUAGUAACAUAGAAGUAACCAAUGUAGAAGAAAAUAAGGAUGAGACAAUACAAGUAGUUAAUAAUGAAUCGAAGAAGGAUCUUGAGACUAAACUAACUGAAUUGGAGGAGAAGACUUUAAAUAAGUUUAAGGGUUCGCUUUUAGAUAGCAUAUUCUGAAUAAGUAUAUUUAAUCUAUAGAUGUCAGAAUUUUGCAUUUUAAAAAGUAAGAGGAUAUGAACUGAUUGCUUAAAUGGGUACAUUGUUGAGUAUGGUUAAUUUCUUUUGCUUACAAAUUAGGCAAAUGAAAAUUCUUGUAUGUACUAACUAUAGGGCAUGUAUGAAAUACAAGGCAUACUAUGAAAUUUCUGUGUAGCUAAAAUAAUUAGUGAAAAUUCGAAAUAAUACACAUAAUAGUUAUUAUUUUGGUGCACGGAAAACUAAGAAAUGGGAAUUGGUUUAAAAUUUCUAACUUCAGCGGUAUACCUAAGUAAGGAUGUUAAGUAUGAAGUAUUUCGUCCAUUGAUCUGCCUGUUGUUUCUUCAAAAGCACAGUGGGGGGGUGUCCAUUAAUCACGUCAUACGUUUUUGGCUUAUUUUAGGCCCUCCCUCCCCCCUGGUGAUCUUUGGUGAUAUUUUCAGGACCCCUCUCCCCUCUCGCCCCUUGGCCAAUAUCACGUGUAUUUUUUUUGACAACUUAAGUAGACUGAAUUAAAUAACCGACUGCACACAGCUCUUUGAAACUGUUUAUUUUAAGUUGCAGAACAGUGUAGCACAGAGGAACAAAAAAAUUACACGUGAUAUGUUCCUCAUCCCGGGGCUAUCAUGGUGAUAGUUGGUGAUUUUUCAUGAGCCCCCAACCCCUAUACAGUAUGACGUGAUUAAUGGACGCCCACUUUUGUAUUGUUGUUCCGCCUCUGAGGGCGGGUAUCAAUGCCACUAUGUGAGCAAA